CGUCGCGAGUGCGUGAAAAAUGUCGAAACACGAUCGAGUGAAAUCGGGUGGCUUUCUGGAUACGUUGCUCGGCCGACCACACAAGAAGCUUGGUCGGCAUGGAGGGAGUGGCGUGUACGGGAACGGUCCGAGCAACGCUGGCGGGAACUUCAGUGGUUACGGAGGGAGUUACGGUAGCCUUAACGGGGGCCGUCCACUGUCCGGCCCGGACGCAGAUCUGGUGUCCAUGAUCGAGCCGAACGAAACACAUCGGUUGAGCGAGGCGGAAGUCAACAAACUGUUUCUCGAAAUACUCGAGGACAUGAACAUUCCGAAGGACAAGCGUGACCCGCUGCUAGGCAAACCGCUCGAGGAGAAGCGCAAGAUGAUCGAUAUGCAUGUGAAAGGUAAAAUAUCCGCCGAACAUCGCGCUAAUUCACGGUUCGAAAAACCGUCGGACUAUGUGCAGUACCUUCACGAAGGCGACUAUUCAAAUAGGUCAAGCAAACUGCUCGGAUGUCUGGAGAGUCUUCGCGUGGCAUUGACCAGCAAUCCCAUCAGCUGGAUCAAGGACUUUGGCGAGGAUGGCAUCAACGAAAUCGUUACCCUGCUGCGGUACUGCAAAUCGGGCCCGCGCCGAAUGUACAAGAUCGAGUACGAAUGUUUACGAUGUUUGAAGGCAAUCCUCAACAACUCCUGGGGUCUGAACGUUAUCCUCACGCCAGAUCAGCACGCGGUUGUGCUGCUGUUGGCGCAAUGUGUCGAUGCGAACAACCCGCAGACGAUGUGUGAAGCGAUUAAGCUACUGUCCGCCUUGACGCUGCUGAAGGAUCGAAACGGGUACGAGAAGGUACUACGAGCGAUCACCAAUGUGAGCUCGAUGCGGAAACCCGGUUCGGAUCGAUUCCGCCCGAUUGUGGAGGGUUUGUUUUUGGAUCACGAUCGUAACUACGAACUGACCUGCAGCACGAUGAUCUUCAUCAACUGUCUCAUCAACACACCGACCGACAUUAACUUUCGGCUACAUUUACGGUGUGAAAUGAUGCGCGCUGGUCUGUACGAACGGAUCGAUCAGCUGUCGGAGAUGGUGGAGAAGAGCGGCAACGAGAAUCUGGUGAAUCACUUCAAGAUCUUUAACGGCUACCGGGAAGAUGAUUUCGAGGAGUUUAGCAACCGGUUCGACAAUGUGCGGCUCGAGCUCGACGACAUGAAUGAUUGUUUCGAACUGCUGCGGAACCUGGUCGUGGACACGAGUUGCGAACCGUAUUUCCUUUCGAUUCUGCAGCAUUUGCUAUUCAUCCGUGACGAUCAUCAGUACCGGCCGGCCUACUUUAAGCUAAUCGAGGAAUGCGUUUCACAGAUCGUACUGCACAAGAGUGGGUACGAUCCAAACUUUGAGAGUCGCGAUUUCCACAUAGACACCAGCACCCUGCUGGACGAUAUGGCGGAAAAGUCGAAGCAGAUGGAAAGCAAAAAGUCGGAAGACUUCGAGAAGCGUAUGACCGAGCUGCAAACUGCGCGCCAGGAAGCGGAAGCCCGUGUGGCCGCCCUCGAGGAUCGGCUAAAAGAGAUCGAAGCGACCGGCGUUGUCGUGUCGCCGAAGGGUAAAAGUAAACUACCUCAAAUCAACAUUCCUCCACCACCGCCCGGUCUGCUACCCGGUGUACCAGGAACGGUGGCAGCACCGCCUCCUCCACCCUGCCCGGGAGCAAUUCCAGUUAUGGUCGGUGGUGCACCAGCACCACCACCUCCACCCUUCCCGGGGGCUGGUGGUGGUGGUCCACCACCUCCCCCACCUAUGCCCGGUAUGGGCGGUGGUCCACCUCCGCCACCGCCGAUGAUGAUGAUGGGUGGUGGUGGACUCCGGCCGCCUGGUAUGCCGCCACCCUUCCCCAAUGCCGCCCCGAAACCUCUGCCGUACGGUUUGAAGCCGAAGAAAAAGUGGGAAACCGAUGGCCCGAUGAAGCGGGCCAACUGGAACGGUUUGGAUGCGCAAAAGCUUUCCGAGAACUCGUUCUGGGUACAGGUGCAGGAAGAGAAGCUAGCUGAUAAUGACAUUUUCGCACGACUCGCCAUGAAGUUCUCCUCCAAGCCGGCCAAACCGGUCGACAAAGAUUCCAGCGAUCGGCCACAGUCGUCGAAGAAAAAUAUCGAUCUACGCGUGUUGGACGGCAAAGCGGCGCAGAACCUUUCCAUCCUGUUGGGCGGUUCGCUAAAGCACCUUUCUUACGAACAGAUUCGUACGUGUCUGCUGCGCUGCGACACAUCCGUGCUCAGCCCAAGCGUACUCCAGCAGCUCAUCCAGUAUCUUCCGCCACCGGAUCAGCUGAAGCGACUGCAGGAGAUACGGGCGCGCGGUGAAGAUUUGGCAGGUGCGGAACGGUUUGCGGCCACGAUCAGCGAUAUCAAACGUCUCGGUGCCAGGCUGCAGAGUCUCAGCUUUAAAAUCGACCUGCCGGACAUGGUGCAGGAUGUGAAGCCGGACAUAGUGGCCGGAACGGCCGCAUGCGAGGAAGUGAAGACGAGCAAAAAAUUCGCCAAGGUGCUGGAACUCAUCCUACUGCUUGGCAACUACAUGAACUCGGGCUCGAAAAAGGAGCUCGCCUUUGGGUUCGAGAUGAGCUUCCUGCCGAAACUGACCAGCACCAAGGAUUACGAGAACAAGCAGACGUUGCUACACUAUCUCGCCGAGGUUAUCGAGAGCAAAUUCCCGGAGGCGCUUACCUUCCACGAGGAUCUUUCCCACGUCGAUAAGGCAUCACGCGUGAGCUUGGACACGAUACAAAAGACAAUGCGACAGAUGCAAAACUCGCUGAAAAACCUCGAAUCGGAUCUGAACAACAACAAGGUGCCGCAAAGCGAAGACGAUCGAUUCCUCGAGGUGAUGGGCCAGUUUGCGGUCGAGUGUCGGGCGCAGGUCGAAGUGUUGGGCCGUAUGCUCGCGCAGAUGGAAUCCCUGUUCACCAGCCUGUCCGAGUACUAUUGUUUCGAUCCGGCCAAGUACACGAUGGAGGAGUUCUUCACCGAUAUUAAAACGUUCAAGGAUGCGUUCGUCCAGGCGCACACGGACAAUUUGCGAUUGCGCGAGGAGGAAGAGAAACGGCAGAGGGCGCAGGAAGCGAAGGAGCGUGCCCAGCGGGAGCUGCACGAACGCCAGCAGCGCAAGGUGGAUCUGAUCAGUAUCGAUGCGGGCCAAACGCAGGAAGGCGUUAUGGACAGUUUGCUGGAAGCGCUUCAGACCGGUUCGGCGUUUGGCAAUCGGGAGCAGCGUCGAAGACGCGGACCCCGACCGGCCGGUGCCGAACGGCGCGCACAGCUUAAUCGUAGUCGAUCGCGUACCGGCAUCACGGCGAAUGCGUUUUCUAGCCGAGAAAUGAUUUCAGAACUUCUCGGACCGGCGUAGUGUGGUAAUUAAGGUGUUCAUUAUUUACAGUGUUGUUUUAUGAACUGCGUUAUCGUGGUUGCCAGCCACAGGGACACACCAGGAGGCGUACAAUUGAGAUUUAUUUGCAAUUAAACCGAUGAAAGCGACUUUUAUAGAGAAAAAAACAUUACCGAAUUGGAACGAAACAAUAUGAAAAAUCAGUAUUUCUAUUUCUUUUUUUUUACAUUAACAAUAAUAGGACGCAAUAAAAGGGCACUAGGAGAACUGAUUUGUGAACGUGUAUAAAAAUAGUGUUAGGACAAAGUGGGGAGGGUAGCGUGUGCGCAAAACUUUAUCCACCACUCGUCGUAUGUCACUGCGUUUGCCAAUUUUACGUAUAUUUCCGGAUUGUCGUAUAACAUUCUUACAAACUAAGCCAUGGUACGAGUGAAAAAAGGAAGUGAACGUGAAUACCAAACACAAAGCGGAAUUGACCUAAAGCAAAAAAAAACACCAGACUACACACAAAAGACUACAAAAAGCGCCUUAAAUAAUGAAACAAGUAAAUCAAUCGUGAUAAUGAACCGAGAAUGCACAAAACCGCAGCACGCAACAAUACGCGAUCGCGAUCAUGCAUACACAAAGCACACGAUACAUCAGCCAGAAGUUAAGCUUAGGAACUUAGUCGUGAUUAUAAAGCGCAAACAGAUAAGAUACGGGGACAGCGACUUUCUACGGAGUUGUACAAAAAUUAAUGCUAAUGUCGCAAUUGUUGGUGGGAUAAGGAGAGCGCCAUAAAACUUAUUCGAACAUAGUAAACUGAGUAUGAGUAAGUGAGGGCAAAACUGCGAAAACAUGUUUAAUCCUACCGAAACAAAACAAAACAAAAAAGACACCAAGGCCAGAGCGACAGGUUGGCUUAACUGGACAACGAUUUAUAAAAUCAAAGCUCCAUUUCAAAUAUCUCCUGUCCAAAAAAAAGCAGUGACGAAUCAAACAAAAAAAAACACACACACAUAAGUCUGUCGCAAACCGUCGGGUACAAUAUACAUAUAUUCAACGAAUGUUUAUAACAAAAUAUUUUUGCUAAUUGUGAAAUUGUUACAAAAUUGACGCGAUAUUGCAGGGGGGGUCAUACACACAUACAAGUAAAGGAUGUAGUUUGUUUUGUA